UUUGCGACGCACUGUGCAGCCGAACCGGGAGCAGAUGCGACGCAUCGACAACUCGCUCAAGAUCUGGCUGCUCGAGGCCAAGACGGUGACGGCCAAGAAACGGUACUUCUGCGAGCUGUGCCUGGACAAUACGCUGUACGCGCGCACCUCCAGCAAGGCCAAGACCGAGCUCUGCUUCUGGGGCGAGCAGUUCGAGUUCAACAGCCUACCCACCGUCGAGAGCAUCCAAGUGAACCUCUACCGCGAGCCCGACAAGAAGAGGAAAAAGGACAAGAACGUGCUCGUUGGCACGGUUGAGAUCCCCGUCAGCUCGGUCAACUCUAAGUUCUUCGUGGAGAAGUGGUACCCGGUGACCCUCGAGAAGGGCAGCAGCAACAAGCACCCGCCCAGUCUGCGCAUCAAGUGCAGGUUCCAGGCGGUCGACAUCCUGCCGUUGCACGUGUACAGCGAGUUUUUGCACUACGUCACGUCACGGUACGCGCAGCUGUGCGAGAUCUUGGAGCCGCUGGUCGGCGUCAAGAGCAAGGAGGACAUCGCCACCACGCUGGUGCACAUCAUGCAGCGGGAGGGCCUGGCCAAGCACCUGCUGGCCGACCUCGUCUGCAUGGACGUCACGCGCAUAGACGACGAGCGCCUGACCUUCCGCGGCAACUCGCUGGCCACCAAGGCGACCGAGUCGUUCAUGAAGCUGGUCGGCGACCGGUACCUGAACGACACGCUGGGCGAGCCGGUGCGCCGCCUGCUGGAGGCCGGCUCCGACCUCGAGAUCGACCCGCUCAAGAUCAGCAGUCCGGGCGUGCUGCACAAGCAGCGGCUCAGCCUGCGCGCGUUCGUCGAGGAGAUCUGGGCCAGCAUCCUGGCGUCUUACACCAACUUCCCGCCGGAGCUGCGCGAGUGCUUCCACUUGAUCUGUGAGCGGCUACGGGAGGCAGGCAAGGCCGAACAGCAGGACAACGUCAUCUCCUCCUGUAUCUUCCUCCGCUUCUUCUGCCCGGCUAUCCUCAGUCCGAGUCUCUUCAGCCUCACGCAAGAGUACCCGAACGAGAAGGCGGUCCGGAACCUCACCCUGGUGGCUAAGACGCUGCAGACGCUGGCCAACUUCACCCAGUUCCAGGGCAAGGAGAACUACAUGGAGUUCCUCAACGAGUUCGUCGUGAGGGAGACGCACACGAUGCGCACGUUCCUGCGCAAAAUCUCGAGCCCGGCGGGGCGGGACGCGCGCCAGCAGGAGUGGGACGGCUACGUGGACCUGGGCAAGCAGCUGUCGGUGCUGCACGGCCUCCUGCGCGAGUGUGCCGUGAAGGUGACGAACCCGGCGCACCUGGCCGAGCGCCAGCGGCUGGAGACAGUGCUGGCGACGGUGACGGCGGCGCACAGCCAGCCCAACGUGGGCCUGGUGUACCAGCAGCCGCCGCCGCCGCCGUCGGCCGCGCUCGCGCCGCCACCGAACUAUCUCAGCCUGCAGCGCAACAUAUUCCGGUUCAACGACCGCACGUCGUGUGACCGUGAGCCGGCGGGCGCCGUAGAGCCGCCGCCUCCGCCACCGCCGCCGCCUCCGCCUCCGCCGCCACCGUCGGCCGCGCUGGCGCCGGAGAAAGCCUCUACGCUGCCGCGCAACGCCUACCUGCCGGGCAGCUCGAAGCGGGCGGCGCCCAACCUCAACACCAGCGACGACUACGUGCUGUUCAGCGCUCUGAAACCGGGCCGGCCGGGCCAUCACCAGCACUUCCACCACCACGCCGGCCAGUACGGGCCGGCCGGGCUGGCCGGCAGUCCGGCGGCGGCGGCGGCGCGCCGCCGCGGACCGCGCGCCGACGACGAGGCCAACGAUCACUCGGCCGGGGAGCUGGAGCACAACGUCAAGGGCUCGCAGAUCUCCAUCUCGCAGCUGUCGAAUGUGGCCUCCAGCGGCUACCAGAGCUUCGCCUACAGCCAGAGCUCGAGUCCCGUGGACCCGGCCAUCAGCAGCUCGCAGCAGCAGCAGCACCACCACCAACAGCAGCACGCCCCGCUGGCCUUCAACAAUCCCAUGUACCAGCUGAACAGCGGCAAGCCGCGGGUCACCAGGCCGGCCCAGUACUCGCCCAGCACGUCCGUCAGCUCGGCGCACAGCAUGGAGGAUGUGCAGCUGGUGAUGGCGCCCUCGGUGCCGGCGGCUGCCGGCCGCGCGCCGCCGCGCUCCUCCAGCAGCUCG